AAAACACGAGAGGUCUGCCAUACCUGGUUGGCAAAGGUUGCAAGCUUCAAUGGUAAACCGAUUGACACUUCGUUGUUUUCGCUCUUGAUCCCUUUUGAUCACAUGGGGAAGGUUGGGUAUUCGCACGAGUUCCGAUCGAUUGAAGCCGGAAAGGAACACCCGAUGGCACACUUGUUAGAGAGCAUGUUUGGAGAGAUUGGACAAAUGGGAGAAUUGACGUGGCUACUUAGCAUUGCCCAGAAUCUGAAGCUGAGCAAGACAGCCGCCGAGUUUGACCAGUUGACAAUGUUGAUGGCUGAUAGGAGGGCCGCGGCGGAAGACAACAACAAGGGCGACAUCCUGCAGCACUUCCUGGACGACAUGAGAUCCGAAAAGUCAAUUGCCUUUACCAACAAAAACAUCUUGUACUCGGACGCGGCUUUGGUCCUGACCGGAGCGACUGAUACCAUCGGCGCCGUCCUCGCCCACCUGUCCUACCAGCUCGCCAACCACCCCCACUACCAAGACCUCCUCCACGUCCAACUUCAAAAGGCCUACGGCAAAACCAUCCCAGACGAAUUCACCAACCAAGACCUCUCCAAAAUCCACCUCCUCGACGCCCUCAUCAACGAAACAAUGCCAACGACCCCAGACAGACAACCCCCCGAAGGCAUCACGGUCGAUGGCGUCCACAUCCCCGGGGGCGUGGCGGUCCGGGUCCCGGCGCACGCCCUCCACCGCAGCGAACAGUUCUACACCGAGCCAGCUCAGUUUAGGCCGGAAAGGUGGCUGGACGACAACAAAGUGUAUGUCAAAAAUGCCGAGGCGUUCAUCCCCUUUCUUAUCGGCCCGAAUAAAUGUGUCGGCAAGAGGAUGACCAUGAGCGUCCUUCGGCUUGUGAUGGCGUACACGGUGUAUAACUAUACUUGGGAGAAGGCGCCGGGGGAGGAUGGGAAGAGGAUCCGAACGGAGUCGAAGGACAAUUUGAUUUUGAUGGCUGGGCCUUUUGAGGCGGUGUUUUUGCCUCGGUGA